GUGGUGUGUUUGGAAUUUAGGCCGAAGAGGAAGGUUAAUAAAAGUGAGAAAUCUACGUUAGUUAUUCAGCGCUUACUUAAGACAGUUAAUGUGGAUGUGGCGGUAGAGACUCACUCACACAUGCAUGCGAGGACCCUAGGAAUCUCCAAAUAGUGGAGGGAUCAGCUAAGAGAGAGAGAGGAAUAUUGUGAACACAAUUAACAGCAAUCUUGAAUACAAUCAAAGGAAUACAAAGUUGCAUUAGGAUGGCUACUACACCACAGCAGUCUAAUGAGGUCACCAGAGUAGCACUGAAAAGGAAUGCUCCUGGGAGCAAUGAACUUAAUGACAUACCUGUGAAGAGUCCAUACUUUGAGAACUUGUCACAGUCACUGCCAGAUCCUAAUGCAACAGAGAUUCCAUUGGAUCAAAGCCAAGCUGACAAAAUGCCAUCCCCUAGACUCGUUUCUAGACUAGGUCCUGCGUUCUUCCAGCAGCCCUGUAUCCAUCUAGCCAAGCAGCUAUUAGGCCAGGUCUUAGUGAGGAUGGUCGGGGACCAGCGGUUAAGCGGAAGGAUCGUGGAGACGGAAGCUUAUGUAGGAGCUGAGGAUACAGCUUGCCAUACAUACAAAGGGAAACAGACGGCUUCUAAUAAGAGUAUGUUUCUCGAUCCUGGUCAUGCCUAUGUUUACAUGACCUAUGGGAUGUAUCAUUGUAUCAACAUUACCAGCAAAGGAGAGGGCCAAGCGGUUCUCCUACGAGCUCUCUCCCCUCUUGAAGGCAAGGACACAAUGACAAGCCUAAGACAGAAAGCAAGUAAGAGAUCAGACCGAGAAUUCAAGAAAAAAGAUCUUUGCAAUGGUCCCGGCAAACUGUGCCUCUCAUUAAACAUUGACAGACAAUUAGACGGCACCAAUCUUACUGAGGGAGACUUUUGCAUGUGGAUUGAGAGCGGUGACCAGAUUUUAGAUGGUGAUAUUGUGAGCUGUCCUAGGAUAGGAAUAGACUCAGCCACCAAGGAAUGGGUUGAGAAACCACUCAGAUUCUAUGUGAUUGGUAAUCCUUGUGUAAGCAAGAGGAAUAAAGCAAGAGAGCAGGAAAUCAAGAACGCAAAAUAAUCAUUGGAAUUUAUUGAUCAAUGAAUUUUCAUUAACUGAAAUAAAUAUGCAGUGUUCUCAAAUGUGAUAAGGGUACAGAUAUGUAUUUUGAUAUUCUUAAUGUCAAUAUAUAUAUAUGUAUAUGUUGAUUUUAAAUUUUAACAUAUGAUGCAUGAUACUAGACAGUAUAUCUUAUUUUCAUAUCUGUAAAAUUAUAAACAUUUACCCUGUUCAUAUGCUAGCUAUCGUACAAAAGCCACAAAUAUUGCAGCCUCUUUUUGGAUGUAAACCUUUCAAUGGAAUGUAUGAAAGGAGGCCAUUUAAUUGCUUCCUCCCUUUUCCGGCUAUAUUGUGGACAGGACUUGGGGCAAAUAAUGUCAUAUUUCGAUAUUGGUGCGUAUAAACCUCGGUAAUAUAAGGGCUAUCGUGACUUUUACUUUGUAAAAAAAAAGAAUUCACUUAAUUUUUUUGUACAGUACUCAACCAAAGAAAUGUAAAUGAAAAGAAAUGUAAAUGAUUAUAUUUGUAAAUCUAUAUUUUCUCAGGAUCAUAUGAUACAAAUACUCUCUCGGUUACUUUCCCCCUCUCCUCUCUCUCUUAUUCUCUUUCUCUCUCUCACUCAUUUUACGGGGGGGGGGUCAGAUAAUUGAGUAUUUUCAGUGAUAGUGAUUUCUUAUUGUAUUUAACAGAUCAAACCAAACUACAAUAUCUUUUCUGAUUUGGAAUGUACAUACUAAAGUGCAACUUCAAGUCAUUUCAGCGAAAGACUUAUUACCUUAUCUCAUGACAUUGAAUUAGUGCAUGGGUAUUUUCACAGUGCCCGUUUCUGUUCAUACAGUUGGUUUUUAUUUUUCAGUUUGAAAACUCUACUGAUAUCCAAAAAGACAACAGGACAAUCUCUUUGCAAAAUGUGAAUCCAUUGGUAUGUAACCAAUAUUUAAAGAAAUUUUCAAAAAUCUUUAAAAUACUUUAUUUAGCUCUUUCAAAUCAUAAGUACCGGUACAUUUAAAUUUUGCCUUAGUUGAAUCUGUUGCUCAACAAGAAAUCUCUUUGACUUGAGAGAAAUUUGACUAAGAAGAGGUAUUUCUUUGCCAUAAUCUGGUGAAAAAAAAUUGCUUGGACUUUUGACAAAUAUUUGACUUAGGCAAGCUACAUUUAACUGUAUCCUCUGUUAUCUUUUCCACCUCUUUUUUUUUCUCUUCCCUUCUCUCUCCCUCUCUCUUGUAAAACUACUUUGCUUUACCCAGAUUCAUCACUUUACUAAGUAAGCAAAUGUUUUCACAAUGCUUGUAUUCAUUAUUUCAAUACCUACUUAGUUAUUACCUUGGCAAGCAUGUCUUUCAACCUUAAUAUUGGUCUUUCAAUUGCAAUCAUUGUCAUAAUUUCUUUUUCUGGGAGAAUGUCUAGUUUAUGUUCUUUGUUUCUUGAUAGAGUCAAAUUUAUACUUAUCUUGUCGAUUGCCAUCCUAUACAUCGAUGGCCCUUGCAAAUUAAAAUACAGCCAUUUGUAAUUAGCCUCCUCAGAUUAAUAGUAAUUUGAGCUUGAUUUAUAUAGCAAGACUCUGUGACGGGCCCAGGUCUAUCGAAAAUAAUAUGCAUAUUUGAGAAUGAUACAUGUAUGUGUAUGAUCAUGUUUGGUUCGUAAUUUAUCCAGGUCUUCUGCCAGGGAUAAGGGUAAAUAUCUCUCGAGAUAGAGGCUGUUCUCACGACGUUCCAAACUAGUUUAACGGGUAGUGAGAACGGUCGAAGCGGUCUUGGAAGCGAUCUUCCAAACCAGUUUGGAAAACCACCUCGCGAUGUAGUUUUCAAGAUCGCUUUGCCUCGUUAAACUGGUUUUAGCGUAAGUGAGGACACAACCGUUCUUCGGGAAGCGAUCUUCGCACAUUUUGAGCACGCUACUCCACGCGACAGGUGUAGAAUGCCCAUGCUGCGGUUUCGAAUUUCGCGCAAAACGUGUCACCCCACUGAGAGUGAUUCCAUAGCAACAAGAGCGCUUUACGUGAAGUGAUUUUGAAAACCACUUUCGUGUGAUCAAGUGGGAACGCUAGCAAAGCGAUCUUCCAAACUGGUUUCCUGAAUCGGUUUCCAGUAAACUAGUUUUAGAAAGCGUAAUGAGAACGGUCUCAUAUAGGUAGGGUAAAAAAAUAUUAUUGAAGAAAUAAAAAUUAUACACAGAUGCAACAAAGUACUCAUAAUAAUCAACUCAUCUUGUAACUUCUCUUUAAUGUGAUAAGAAUUUAUGUAAAUAAAACAUUUUCAUUUUUAUAUAAAAGAACAACCUGUGCCCUGAUGUUUUAAGUUAUAAACAGGCAGAUACUUGUAUACAAAUAAUACAUCAUAAUUAUAUUCCAAAUACUGUACAUUAGACUCAGCAUAUACUAAAUAAGUCAAAUAAUUGUCUAAUUCGAAGCAUUAUUUUUCUUGCAACACCCCCCCCCCCCUCGUCAAACAUUUCGUUGGUGGUCAUCCGAACAGUUGUAUCACACACACAAUAGUGCAAACCCAUUUUAGAGAAUAUUGACUUCAAAGUUUACUGUAAUUCCACACUUUGUUCUCCAGCCUUACAACAUUUUCAUUGCAAGAAAAAUACAUGGUUGAAGAGACCAAGACAAUUGCUUGACAUUGUUGGUUUUAAAAAGUCAGAGAAAAUUUUUGAAAAAGAGCAACAUGCUUGUAAUUUUGGUUUGAGCAGUUUAGAUUUUCCUGGUACAAAAACGCAAUAGGAGAUGCAACAACCCUGACAUAAUUUUAAUGUGCCCAACCAAGCAAAAUGUCGCAUCGCUCUAUUACGUGCAAAGUCAAUGCAAUGCCGAUAUGACAGUUUGGCUGACUGCGCAUUUGCAUAUUAAAUGCACAUAAGUGUUGUUUGCUUUGCUAAAGUACACAUUUCCAAUGGGAUUUGCGCAUUUUAUCAAAAAUUUGUAUGGCAUCACCAUGAAAAUCCCCACAUAUUUCAGAAACUAAAAAAAUUGCUGCCUAGAAAUUUAAUUAGCAUAUAUAUUUUUCAUAACUUCAUAAUAGAAAUCAAAUCUGAAUUAUAUUUCUGACCUUUUUGUUUUAUGAUUUUAAGUUUAUAACAGUUUUCCCCCCAAUACACAAUUAUCUGAAUACCAGUACAAUUAUCUAGUGAAAUCUCACUUAUGCAUGACUCAAUUAACUAACUGUUUCUCAUUUAUAUGUGAAUAAUUUUUUAAGUGUAUAUACAAUCUUCAAAUGUAAAUAAUAUUCAAUGUAAACUUUGCACAAUUAGUCUUCGGACUACAGCAUUGUAUUCUGUUUUAUAUCUAAUAAACCGAAUUGAAUUGAA